CAAAAAAGAUGGAAUCUGACCACACCACAGAUCAUCAUCAUCAUCAUCUACCAUCCAUCCAAAUUCACAAGAACGGCCGUGUCGACCGACUUGUCGGCAGUGACAUCAUCCCAACGUCGUUAAACCCGAAAAACGACGUCGUCUCAAAAGAUGUCGUAUACUCCCCGGAGCACAACCUCUCCGUGCGUAUGUUUCUCCCUCAUAAAUCCACAACCCAAGGUAACAAACUACCUCUACUUAUCUACUUCCACGGCGGAGCUUACAUCACUCAAUCUCCUUUCUCUCCGGUUUAUCAUAACUACCUCACCGAGGUUGUUAAAACAUCUAACUGCCUCGCCGUGUCGGUUCAGUACCGUCUUGCCCCGGAGCAUCCAGUUCCCGCGGCUUACGAUGAUUCUUGGUCCGCUAUUCAAUGGAUCUAUUCUCACUCUGAUGAUUGGAUAAACGAACACACCGACUUCAACAGAGUCUUUAUCGCCGGAGACAGCGCCGGAGCCAAUAUAGCACAUCAAAUGGGAAUAAGAGCUGGUAAGGAGAAGCUAAAACCAAGAAUCAAAGGUAUCGUAAUGGUGCAUCCAGGUUUUUGGGGGAAAGAACCCAUCGACGAGCUCGAUGUGCAAGAAGGAGAAGUCAGAAGCAAGAUUGCGUAUAUUUGGGAAAAGAUCGUGAGUCCUAAUAGUGUAGAUGGAGUGGAUGAUCCGUGGUUUAACGUUGUUGGCUCCGGGUCGGAUAUAUCCGGAUUGGGAUGUGAGAAAGUUUUGGUUGCUGUGGCCGGUAAAGAUGUGUUUUGGCGGCAAGGGUUGGCUUAUGCGACGAAGCUGAGGAAGAGUGAGUGGCAAGGAGUGAUUGAAGUGGUGGAAGACGUAGAGGAAGGACACUGCUUCCAUCUCCAUAACCCUAAUUCUCAAAAUGCUUCCAAAAUGAUGAAGAGAUUUGUAGAGUUUAUAAUACAAUAAAACGUUAUCACUAAUAAACAAAACGUGAAAUUGUUCGAUUACUCGGUUUAGUCC